CUGCUGAAUCUUUAUUAGAGGGGAGCAGAUUGUAGAGAAAGCAGCAGAUCGCACAGAGGAGCAUCGAGAUACGGAGGCGCGCAGAUACUCACCUCAUCCAAAAUGAGUCUUCAGGUUUGCCACUGUGGCUGGUCCAAAAACACAAGUUACCAGGGCCUCAGAGUUCACCAGGGAAAGAUGGGAUGUACACCAAAGGGAAUGAGGAUGCCUGAACAUGCACAAUUCAGUUACCUUCCUACAGUGACCAUCCUGAGUCCUCAGAUCAAAUUAACAGACCCAUUUAUGGAUAUUUUCAAGAAUUCUGUGAAGUCUGAUUCUUCUUCAAACGCAAGCUACUACAGCUGGCCCAGAAUCACAGCUGAUCAGGACCUCGGAGAUCUCCAGGGAGGGAUGAAAUCUACACAAAAUCAACUGGAGGAGAACAAAGUUCAACUCUGGAGAAAUCAUCAGGAAGAAUCUCAUCAAAACUACAGCAGACCAACUUUCAGUUCUUCAGUCAAGGAGGAGCAGAAUAGACUUCUGCCAUCAAGCUUCAUCCCCCAAAUCGAUUCUCCAGCCAGACAAGCCUCCACAGUAGAGAUAAUUAAAUCAUUGGUUGAAACUCAGCAACAGUCUGUGCCAACAGGUUCAAACAUGGGCGCAUAUCAGGGGCUUGAUUUUGCCUCUGGUGCCCAGUCUGUGUUCAUGGCCAUGUCACAGACCUUCAGCAACCACAGUGAUCAUACAGACAACGCAACCACAAAGAUGGAGACAGACACAUCAUUCUUUGAGACUCCUCAGCGCUCUCAUCAAAGCACCGUGAGCUCAGACAAAGCCCGUCGAGCUCUGGACUUCUCUACUGGUGAACAGCAGGUGGUACAACUCUUGGAGCUUCCUGGGAAAGCAGCCCAGCAUGCAGCAAUCUGCCCUGAAGAAAAAGAAAAGGAGAUAGACAGACUGAAAGAGAAGAAGACUAAAAAACUACAAAAGGCGAAACAGGAAAAGAUGAAAUCUGACUUGCAGCAGAAAAUUCACAUCAGAGAGCUCAAGAUGGCUGAAGUCAGAUCAUUGGAAAUAGACUGCAAGGGUACUCUGGAUGCUGAAUGGUUGGAAGUCAAUAAUUUCUUCUCAGAGGUGAUCAGAGUUGUGGAGGAUGCUCGAAAGAAAGCCCUUAAGCCUCUGGAGGAGAGGAGACAGAAAGUGAAAGGAGAUGCUCAGGAUAUCAUUCAGAAGCUGCAAAGAGAAAUUGAUGUGCUCAAAAAGGCCAUUGCUGAAGCACCCAAAAACCCAGACUUGGAGGUUUCCCCACUAACAGGCCUGGAUGAAUCUACUGACUGGAAAAAUGUACAAGUUGACACUUCACUGUCCUUUGGCACACUGAGAACUACGACUUCAGCCAUGAUGAAGCAAAUUCACGAGGAACUGGAAAAACUCUCAUCCAUCGAACUCAGGAGGAUUACUAAAUUUGCAGUGGACGUGAAGCUGGACCCGACUACCGCACACCAAAGCCUUGAAAUUUCUGAUAAUGGGAAAAAAGUGAGAGAUGGUGGAAAGAUGUCGAGAGAUCCUGAUUCUCCACAGAGGUUUAAUAUGUUUGGAAGUAUCCUGGGGCUCAACAGGCUGUCCUCUGGCAGGGCAUACUGGGAGGUGGAGGUCAGCAAAAAGACCGGGUGGGAUCUGGGUGUGGCGAGAUGUGAUGCAAACCGCAAGGGGAAACUCUCAAUCAAUCCUGACAAUGGUUACUGGGCUACUGUACAUUAUGAAGACCAGAAAUAUGCAGCCCUAAUGACACCACCUGUGAGCCUUUCGCUUAAAAGGAAACCACAAAAAGUCGGGGUGUUUGUAGAUUACGAGGAAGGUCUUGUGUCCUUUUACGAUGUGACGUCUCAGUCUCACAUCUACUCAUUUACUGAGUGUUUGUUUGGUGGUGAGAUCCUCCCGUACUUCAGUCCACAUCUGAAACAAAAUGAGAAAAACAGCAAUCCUUUGAUUAUCUCUGCUGUGCAAAAGCAGCAGUAAUCACAUGCACUGAAUGUGGUUGGCAAUAUGUAUGAUUGGGUGUGCAGUAACAGUUUGCUUACCUGCUCAUUGGGUAUUUCAUCGGUCAAAUUUCAACAUUUUUUACUAUAACAUGCCUUAAUGAAGAUCCUCUGACUGAGGCAUCAAUUUUAAAAAUUUUUAUAUACUAUUUUUCUAGAUUUUAACAUUUGAAAACUAAAAAAUAGGUCAUACAUACAGCAGUGGAAAUGUAUACAUUUUACAGAAACAAUAUGAACAAUGAAAUUACAGAAAAUUACUAACAGGAAAAAAAAACAUGGCUGGGAACUAGGAUGUCUGGGCGUGUUGAAACACCUGCAAAAGACAGAAAUGACAAAAUAUAUUCUAAAUAUCAACGUGUUAAAACACUUUAGACACUAUUCCUGUUAUUCCUUUAAGAAAAAAAUAUUAGGACAUAUUAUGAUCAAAUGAUGUCACGUACUGAUCACCAGCAGCUGGAGGUUGUGCAUUAUUCAAAAUCAGCUAUUAGCCAAUUUUGGGGAGCAUUAAAAUCUUGCACCUAGAUGAAAGUAACUUUAAGAAGUAAUUUGACAUUAAUCCCUCGGAUGCAACAAGAAACUUGACUUUGUUAUGCAUGGACUGGUGUAUGUAUAGAUCAGAAUCAGAAUACUUUAUUAAUCCUUAAGAAAAUAAUAUAAGUGUAUGUAUUUGCUUUUCUACUCACUCUCAGCAGAUUGCUUUCUUAUACUUCAAGGCUUGGGGGAUAAGGAGGUAAUUUAGGACUCAGGAUCUAUGACACACGGUUUAAGUGGAGCCAUGGAUCAAACCACCAACCUUGCCAUUAGCAGAUGGUCUGCUCUACCCACUAAGCCACACAGGACUUUAAAAUAUUAAGUUAACUUUGUGCGAAUAGGCUUAAAUUAUAUGUCUUGACUGCUGUCCUAAGAGUUGCAAGACUGGAAUACUUGAACUCUCUGUGUGCCCGUGACAUUUUUUGGCUGCUGAUUCUUGUCUGCUUUGCACAGAGGAGUGUGCACUGCACCUCUGUGCACACACACACACACACACACACACACACACACACACACACACACACACACUUCAGCACUCCCUUCCUUCGGCUCUGACUAUAAAUGCUGUUUGUUAUAAUUGUAUACCAAAGGAUGGAUUACGAGUUCUGCUUGUGUCUUGUGUUUUGCUCAUUCUCCAUCACUUACUGUAUCAACAAAAUGUUUACUUCUCUUUGUAGCUCUGUUUUACAGAUCCUUUUUGUAACUAUUUCACUUUGUACUUUUGCUACUCAGGCUUCUUAAAUUGUGCUCUUCAGGAGUCACUAUAUGCCAUUUAAUAAUGUGUGUAAUAUAUUUAUGACAUCAAAUGGACAGAAAUGAAUAAAACUGUCAUUUAGGAACGUG